AUGUCUGACACCAUUUACGUUCCACCGUUAAAUUUUGCACUAGUGGAGGACAAGAUUUACCGCUCAGGGCAUCCAGUGCCCAAGAACUUCCCCUUCCUGAAGACGUUGAAGUUGAAAACUGUUAUAUACAUUGGAGACAAGGAGGAUAACUAUGAAUAUUACGAUUUCUUGAAACAAGAGGGAAUUGAGUUCAAGUAUUUAAAGAUGAAAUCCCCCAAGGAGCCCUUUGUCAUGAACGACCCUAAGAUUAUGAAUGAUGCACUAUCAAUCAUCCUGAACGUUGAGAACUAUCCCAUAUUGAUCCAUUCCAACAAGGGAAAACAUAGAGUUGGAGUGCUAGUUGGAAUAUUGCGUAAAUUGUUACAGGGAUGGAGUCUAACAGGUAUAUUUACAGAGUAUGACAAGUACGCUGGAGGCAAGGGGGAAAGCGAUAUGGAAUUUAUCGAGAUAUUCGAAACAAAACUUGAAGUUGACAGGAACAAAUUACCAUUCUACGUAAGGCUUGAUACUACAUGA